AUUCAUCCAGACCCGUUGAAUCCACCAAUUCAUGACUAAUGAUAUCAUGAUUGCCAUAUCUGAAGUUGGGUUGGUCAUUUGUAUAACUGUUUCUCUCCCUUAUUUUUACAUCUAUUUUUGCCUUCUUGGGAGUAGCCUGAGCAAUCUGACAAGCAUUGAGAUCGCGCACAUCUCAGAGAAUACACUCUCCGUACAACAUAAUCAUAAGGUUUAGCUUGUUCAAAGUCGGCAUAUCGAGUCGACCCCAUAAUCGCAGCUAGUCUAUUACCUAAUUCCUAGAAAUCCCCAGAGUUAGCUCGUCCGUCCUUCCGUCUGUCUUCCCAAAAACGCAUCCCCAGCACCAAUUCCUAAUACUCAAUCACCAUGUCGGCAAAAUACUCAAGCCAAGGUCCCCCCGAGGAAAUCAAAGAAAAGCUGCGCCAGCACUUCACCGACAGCGAAAGCGGCGCAUCAACCAACGACCGGUGGGCCGAGCUCUGGAACGAGGGGUUCAUCCCCUGGGAUCAGGGAGAGCCGCAUCCCGCGCUGGAAGACACGCUGCAGACGCGCAAGGACCUCAUCGGGGAAUCGGUCUUCGUGCAUGACCCCGUGCUGGGCCGCCAGCGUCGCAAGAGGGCCCUUGUGCCGGGGUGCGGCACAGGGUACGACGUCUUACUCCUGGCUAGUUUUGGGUACGACGCUGUUGGGUUGGAGGUCUCGGCUGAGGCGGUGCGCGUUUGUCAUCAGUAUGCGCGGGAGAACCGUGAUAAGUAUCCUGUGCGGGAUGAGAGUGUCGGUGCUGGGCGGGUGAGGUUCGUCGAGGGGGAUUUCUUCAAGGAUGAUUGGCUUCAGGAGGUGGUCGAGGGGGAGCAUGGGUUUGAGCUUUUUUAUGAUCAUACGUUUUUCUGCGCGCUGGACCCAUCAAUGCGCGCUUCGUGGUCACUCCGCUACUCGCAGCUGAUCUCGUCCCAGCCGGACAGCUGUUUAAUCUGCUUGGAGUUUCCGACGAAGAAGCCCCCCGCCAGCGGGGGUCCUCCUUUUGGUGUGGCGCCGGAGGUGUACACCUCGGCUUUGGAACCCCCUAGUGAGGAGGGAGCGCAGUCAGGCGAGUCGCGACGGUAUUUCCGGAGAAUCGCGCAUUGGCAGCCUGAGCGGUCGCAUGAGAUGGGUAAGGGGACUGACUGGGUGAGUGUGUGGAAGAUUAUCUAGGUAGUAUUGUUGGCAUAGAUCGGGCGCAACAGGGAGGUCGAGUUGGUGUUGUUUAGAUAAAGAAGACAGGGGAUCAAGGUUUAACAAAACAUGUCGAUCACCGAGGAAGACAUGUGCUAUGUGACACGUCAACUGGCAUCCUCCCACGUGGUUGACUUCACUUUUGUUAAGAUAAGAAAGAACACAAUAGUGAAUGGACUCUGUACAUAGCAUAGACUCGACUCAAUGGCAGUCCUGUGUGCAUCUACCGUAUCAAAAUAUUGCAGAGCUACCCUCUACCCCUGUCAAAUAUGCUCUUCCCCUCACUAGUCUCGCCUAGCAAUCCCAACAGCCUGCACCUGCACGAGCUAGAGAAAUCCAACAUACGAGCAGCUUGGUUUGAUCUCCACCAUCAACAUGCAAUAUAAUCUUCGCUCUCAUCCUCUACGCGGCCAGCUGGUCGCUCAGACUAUCAGUGGUGGCAUGAGCAAGAUCCACUGUCUUCUACAGUAUUAGAGCAAAACAACCAAGUGCUCAUUGCAAAUAAUCAACC